GCACGCUGAUGAAAUAUUCCCACAUUGUUACCUUUCUAUUGCGUCAAUUUUGAGCUGAAAUGUCUACUAAACUAUUAUGUGUAAACAAUACAGUUUUCAAAUGUCUGAAAACUUUCCAAGACCGUUCGGCACGAGGGUUUAGCAUCGGAGCUGCUUCCCUUAGUUCACUUAAUUUAAAGGGUCGCAGCUGUCUCACCCUGAAAGAUUUCAGCUCAGAUGAAAUCAAGAGGUUGUUGUGGGUGUCAGGGGAUCUAAAACAUCGGAUCAAGCAUGAAAAACAGUAUCUUCCUCUUCUGCAAGGAAAGUCGAUUGCUAUGAUAUUUGAGAAGAGGAGCACCAGAACAAGAAUGUCCACAGAGACAGGUUUUGCUUUGCUGGGCGGGCACCCCUGUUUCCUCACCUCUCAGGACAUCCACCUGGGAGUGAAUGAGAGUUACAAAGACACAGCUAGGGUUCUCUCAGGACUCUGUGAUAUCGUCUUGGCACGAGUGUACAGCCACUCCACACUGGAGGAGCUGGACAAGGAGGCCUCCAUCCCCAUCAUUAACGGUCUGUCUGACCUCUAUCACCCAAUCCAGAUUCUGGCUGACUUUCUCACCUUACAGGAGCAUUAUGGGUCCCUUAGUGGACUAACAGUGAGCUGGAUUGGAGAUGGGAACAACGUCCUCCACUCCUUCAUGAUGACUGCAGCCAAACUGGGAGUUCAUCUUAAGAUUGCUACACCAAAGGGGUAUGAGCCAGAAAGGAGUGUUAUUCAAGAGGCACAAAGACUCUCCAAGGAGCACGGGACCCAGCUUGUUCUGACCUCUGACCCGAUGGAGGCUGCCCACGGCAGCAAUGUUUUGGUCACUGACACCUGGGUCAGCAUGGGACAAGAAGAGGAGAAGAAAAAGAGGCUCAAAGCCUUUCAAGGUUACCAGAUUACAAUGCAGACAGGAAGUGUGGCCAAACCGGACUGGACCUUCUUGCACUGUCUCCCCCGGAAAAUGGAGGAGGUGGACGACCAGGUAUUCUACUCAUCCCGCUCCCUCGUCUUCCCUGAGGCAGAGAAUAGAAAGUGGACAAUCAUGGGUCUGAUGGUUUCUCUUCUGACAGACUACACUCCACAGAUCCCCAUGCUCAAGUUUUAACUUCACAUCGUAAGGUGGAGUUUUACUUUCAUAGUUCAAUGUCAGAUUUCACCCACUGAUAGCACCAUCACCAACACUAGAUGGAUUACCCCAAAGUAAUUGUGUUUGCAUUGUUUAAUUCACUUUCUGAUUUGGAGCAAGGAUGGUAUUGUUUGCCUUGUCUCGCUGUUCAAUAGGUGACUAUAGCUGUGCAAUCAUUAAUAGCCAAAGUUAUCUGUUUAUGUUUUUUAUUUACUUUUAUAGAGAGCGACGAUUGUAGCGAGCAUGAGGUUUGCAGUGGAAAUGUCUUUGCUAGAUGUGUUCCUGAAACGGAAAAGAUUACUGAGCCUUUCUUUAACUUGUUUAAUGUUGACUUGACCUCACAACAUUUUAGACAGCAUUGGAAACUUGAAGGAGAAAACUCAAUCAGCCAAGGCUGACCAAUCGCAUUCCUUGCAGUCUCCACAUGGUAUUUACGUAGCCACUGUAACCCCGACAUGUAGUUACAUUUUUGAGGAAAUGCACAUCGUUCGAUAUGCCUAAGCCCCUUAAUGCACAAGUAUAAAUCCGGCUUUACAAAUGCUUUAUAAACGCCACACACCUAAAGGACCACAUCACUGUUUUUUUUUUUUUUUUUUUUUUUUAUGCUUUUGCCAAUUUAAAGCAAAUUGCAUAUACUGAACUUUAAGUUACAGCAGAUUAUUUUCCAGAGAAAACCAAAUGGUUUUACAUUAUAUGAAUCGGAACAGUAAGAAAAUCAAUUUGUAAACAAUUAAAACUGGCUUGUCAAAUGUAAUGCAUCAUAGCAGUAUGGCUCACAUGUAAUUCAUACUUCUGUCACAGUUAGGUUAAAAUGGCAUGGCAUGGGCACCAUGUUGACCUUGUGGUCUAAGACAUAUACACACAUACACCAUAGUAGAACCACAACGCCCCCUUUGUUGCAUGUCAUACCUCUCUCUCUUCCCCCCACGUCACUUGUCUGUCUCUACUGGACACUUUCUAAUACAGGCAAAAUGCCAAAAACAUAUGGUAUAUCAGCUGUUAGUGCAGACUGGUUUUAAAAAUCAGUGCUCUGCAAUGCAGUGUUAAAAAUGCUUUAUAAAAUGAUUGGUAAUAAUGUAAAUUGUACACAAUGUUUAGCAAAUGGGCUGAAAAAUGGACAAAAGCACAGAUAUUGUAGAUGUCUUAAAACAAGUGAACAUUGUGUUGUAAGAUGAAUACCCCUCCCAUAUGGUUAAACAGGAUUUUUAUAUCCUUUAUUAAAUCUGAAUGUAUACAAAUGUGCCUUUUACGUCAUGCUCUUCACAUUUGUAAUACCCCCUUUGAGUUUUGUGUAUUGAGCCUGUGAUGCAGUGAUGAUGAAACAAAACUGAGAGAAUCUAAUUAUUGUUCACAAACUAUAAAUAAAGUUACUCUCUAUUCAUAAUUUUA